CCUCAGCAAGCGUAGGACCGUUUCUUCUCAUCCCCCAAGCCGCCAAGAUGCUCGGCCUCCUGUCCCUCGCCCUGGCUGCCGCCGCCGCCACCGGCGCCCACGCCGCGAACACAACCACCACCCUCCGCCCCGUCCUGCGGCCCGAGUGCGACAAGAAGGACCCGGCCAACCUCGUGCCGUCCAACGAUAUCACGCUCAGCUAUGGCGCCGCGGACGAGAGCCUCGUCAGCGUCGUGCUGGCCAUGAAGUACCCCUCGGUCGUGCUCGAGGAGGUCGCCGCCGUCGCCGCCGUCGCCUGCGCCGACGCGAGCAUCGCCGUCACCUUCAGCGACGCGGCCGCCUUCGCCCAGACGUCGCGCGAGUGGAACGCCCUCGACGACUUCGUCAUGGUCACGAACCACCUCGGCAACUGCGACGUCGCCAACGAGCGCGGUUUCUUCCUGGUCGACACCGUGACCUGGGACGAGGCCUCGCUCCGCGUCGUUGCCAACGCCCACAAGAGUGACGUCGCCAACACGGCCACCUCGACGGAGAUCUCCUUCUCCAACGUCCCCGUCCAGAACCCCGCCGCUGCCAAGCGUGAUAUCAAGCUGGACGAGGGCGGCCUGCACAUCACAAACACGCUCGCCCUGCCCGCGGCGACGUCCCUCUUCACCUACGACCCUUACGUCGCCAUCACCGCCGACGAGGCCUCGCUGACCUCCAACAUGACCUUCUCCGGCAAGCUCAAGUACACCAUCAUCCCGCCCAAGGUCGAGCAGCUCGAGCUCGACAUCGAUACCUACUUCGCUGCGUCCCUCGGCCUGACCGUCGACGUCAAGGCACCCUACUCUGGAAACUUCACCUACGACCCGGAGGACCUGGGUUACGACUUCGUGGACAUCCCCGGCAUCAUCAAGCUCGGCCCCGCGCUGGGCUUCGCCAUCGGCGUCGAGCUUGAGGCGGACGCCGUGGCGAGCAUCACCACGGACCUCGGCCUCACCUUCCCCGACGCCAAGCUUCACCUGGACCUCGUCGACUCCGCCGCGACGGCCGCGACGGGCUGGGACCCCGUCUGGACCGCGCACGCCAACAUCUCGGAGCGGGCCGCCAUCGGCGUCAACCCCUACGUCGACCUGGGCGUCGAGCUCGUCUUCGAGAUCCUCGGCGGCGCCAUCGACCUCAGCUCCGGCGUCACCACGCGCUCCAAGCUGGUCAACGACUUCACGCUGUCCGCGAGCCAGGGGGUCGGCACCGGCGGCGUCGGCAUCGGGCAGGACAACACGGGCUGCCAGGAGGGCUUCGCCGUCAAGAGCGACUUCUUCUUCAGUGUCGUCGGGUUCGCGACGCAGUGGUGGUCGCGGGAGCUGUACAGCGUCGAGGUCCCUGUCGCGGACGAGUGCUACACUUGGUUGUAGGCGGUCGGUCGCCGACCCGCAUGGUCCGACGAUAACGUCAACCAAGAAGAGUAUUCGAGAGAGAAGCUCUCAAUGGGCCAGUGGGCUUAUUUUGGUCGACCAAUUGGUCGACGGCGGAAAGACUAGUCACCCGCGUGCAGUGCACAUGAUGUUAAUGGACACAUCAAUCUCGAUCAAGUAAUAUAAGUUAAU